AUGAAGGAUCCAUACACAAAUGACCGAUGCUUAAAUGGCAUAAUUAUUUGGUCCGUCGAUUUCGACAACGAGACUGGCGUCGGCUUUGGUCCUGCAAACGACUUCAAGUCUCCAGAAACCGCGGCUGUUAUCCCAAUGGCCCACACUACUGUGCCUCGUGACCAGACAUGUAUCACAAAUGCAGCAGCCGCGACGGACGUUCCACAGCUUUCGAAUAACGGCAUGCAGAACGUACCCUUAGGACCGGGUGCCGAUGAAUGCCAGCAGUGCAGCUUCUUUCAACUAAUUACGUCCACGUGUUGUGGCACAGGAGGAACUGUGGGUAAUCCCAUCACGAUACAGCCAAACGUACCGACACCAAUGGACAUCCCACUGCCGGCAGGAUUCACUCCGAAUCAGCCCUUCCAGGACACAUCAGGUAAAAUCAUUCCUUCAAAUCAACCCCUGGCAAAGGAGACUAUUAUUCCACGCGGAACCAUCUUCACGCAGCCUUUCACAAUUCCUAGUGGUAUGCCACUGCGCCAAGGUGAGAACGAUGAUCAGAGUUCUAACUCUUCGCUCAUCUGGCUAUCACCUGAGAUUUGGGAAGACCUAAACCCUGAAGUUCAAUGUCUCUCCCAGUGA